AUGCCACGAAGCCAAGAGCAUCGAUCCCUGAGGACCGGUCCAGAGACGCCGGACCUGUCCAGAGACGCCGGACCUGUCCAGAGACGCCGGACCUGUCCAGAGACGCCGGACCUGUCCAGAGACGGCGGACCUGUCCAGAGACGGCGGACCUGUCCAGAGACGCCAGACCUGUCCAGAGACGCCAGACCUGUCCAGAGACGCCAAACCUGUCCAGAGACGCCGGACCUGUCCAGAGACGGCGGACCUGUCCAGAGACGCCAGACCUGUCCAGAGACGCCAGACCUGUCCAGAGACGCCAGACCUGUCCAGAGACGCCGGACCUGUCCAGAGACGCCAGACCUGUCCAGAGACGCCAGACCUGUCCAGAGACGCCGGACCUGUCCAGAGACGCCGGACCUGUCCAGAGACGCCAGACCUGUCCAGAGACGCCGGACCUGUCCAGAGACGCCAGACCUGUCCAGAGACGCCGGACCUGUCCAGAGACGCCGGACCUGUCCAGAGACGCCGGACCUGUCCAGAGACGCCGGACCUGUCCAGAGACGCCGGACCUGUCCAGAGACGGUGGACCUGUCCAGAGACGCCAGACCUGUCCAGAGACGCCGGACCUGUCCAGAGACGCCGGACCUGUCCAGAGACGGCGGACCUGUCCAGAGACGCCAGACCUGUCCAGAGACGCCGGACCUGUCCAGAGACGCCAGACCUGUCCAGAGACGCCAGACCUGUCCAGAGACGCCGGACCUGUCCAGAGACGCCGGACCUGUCCAGAGACGCCAGACCUGUCCAGAGACGCCGGACCUGUCCAGAGACGCCGGACCUGUCCAGAGACGCCGGACCUGUCCAGAGACGCCGGACCUGUCCAGAGACGCCAGACCUGUCCAGAGACGCCGGACCUGUCCAGAGACGCCGGACCUGUCCAGAGACGCCGGACCUGUCCAGAGACGCCAGACCUGUCCAGAGACGCCAGACCUGUCCAGAGACGCCGGACCUGUCCAGAGACGCCAGACCUGUCCAGAGACGCCAGACCUGUCCAGAGACGCCAGACCUGUCCAGAGACGCCGGACCUGUCCAGAGACGCCGGACCUGUCCAGAGACGCCGGACCUGUCCAGAGACGCCAGACCUGUCCAGAGACGCCGGACCUGUCCAGAGACGCCGGACCUGUCCAGAGACGCCAGACCUGUCCAGAGACGCCGGACCUGUCCAGAGACGGCGGACCUGUCCAGAGACGCCAGACCUGUCCAGAGACGCCGGACCUGUCCAGAGACGCCGGACCUGUCCAGAGACGCCAGACCUGUCCAGAGACGCCAGACCUGUCCAGAGACGCCGGACCUGUCCAGAGACGCCGGCGGCUUCUGGAAACAACCCUCACGAGUCCAGGCCGUGGCUACAUGACACUGAGCUGA